CAGCGGAAACCGGAAGCGAGUUCAAACUAGCGCGGCGGGGCCAGAAGAGAAAGAAGAGGAUGAAGAAGUUCUGCUGAAAUGAGCGAAAGCGGCGCUCAGCUGUUUGCACGUCUGGAGGCUCGGCGCUGCCUGAAGGACAUCGAGCCUCGUCUGUUUCCUGAAGAUGGAGGACCCGAUCACGGUGAGGUGGUGGAGCUGUUUGGGCUGGAGGGUACAGGUAAGACGGAGCUGCUGUACCACCUGCUGUGCCGCUGUGUGUUGCCGGAGGCGGCCGGCGGUCUGGAGGUGGAUGUAGUCUUCGUGGACACCGACUACAGCCUGGAUAUGUUACGACUGGUCAGCAUCCUGGACAGUAGACUCAAUGCAGCGCUCUCUUCCAGUCCCUCCUUGUUCGGACCGGCCGAGGUGGCCCUGCGCUCAUGUCUGUCCCGCCUCCUGGUCGUUCAGUGCUCUUCCUCCUCGCAGCUCCUGCUCACCCUCCACUUCCUGGAGACCACGUUGUCAUCACGGCCCACCUUGGCGCUUCUCCUGAUUGACAGCAUCUCUGCUUUCUACUGGCUGGACCGCUGUGAGGGCGGGACCAGCUUCACCAAGCAGGAAGAGAAGCUCGGCAGGUGUGCGGAGCUGCUGGGGCGGCUGCUCAGGGAUUACAGAAUCACUGUCUUCGCCACCUGUCACGCCAUCAGAAGAACUGUUCUACCCUCCUCCUCCUCGUCCUCAGAGUCCGAGCGGUCGUACCUGUGUCGCCCCUGGCAGAGGCUGGUGACCCACCGGCUGCUGUGCUCCAGGCAAGAGCCAGGAAAUGACAUAGCGGCUGCAGGAGGAGACGGCCAGGAGCAGAGGAGACGGCAAGUCUUCACCAUUCACUGCUCCUCCUCCUCCUCCUCCUCCUCCUCCUCCUCCUCCUCCAGGGCGAAGGCCUCCUGGAGCAGCUCCUUCUGUGUCACAGAUGCAGGCGUGGAGUUUCUGUCUGACACACAUCAAUAAAAGCUUCUCGUGGUCCAGCCUCAGGCUCACUUGUGGAUCAGGGCGAUGUCAUCAUAACAUUAUUUUGCCCAUCUGGCUGAGGGACCAAUCAUAUUUCAGCUGCCCUCUGGACACGCCCCUCACAGCAGAAACAGGCACGGACUGACGGACGGUGUUUGUGUGCUUCAGGAUGUUCCUGCAGUUUGUUGCUGCUCCGCUUUCAUUUUUAAGCUGUUCUGUCUUAAAUUAUUUUCCAAAGUGGAUGUUUUACAGAGGUGGAAAAAGUGUGUGUGUGUGUGUGUGUGUGUGUGUGUGUGUGAAUGACGCUGUUUGUCUGAUCCUUUGGCUGCUCAGGAUGAAGUCAUCAGGAGCAACGCUGUGGGGUCAGGGGGUCAGUAUCAGUCAGUGUUUGUGUUCAA